CAGUUCGAUAAGGUCCAAGGGGACCACAUUUAUGAAGUGUAGGGGUAUUCUUUACACAGAUCCAUUUAUUCAGAGAACUGGCCGUCCUCCUCUUUCAUUGUUCCAAAGCUACAACACCAUGAGCACCCAAAUUUUCUUGAUGCCAUUCUUUGUUUUCCUUCUACCCUCUCUGUAUUUAUUAUUGUUGAGGCAAAGGAAGAAACCUGAUCAACCAAAGAUCAGGCUCCCUCCAGGUCCUAGAAAGCUGCCUCUGGUUGGGAACCUGCACCAGCUUGGUAACAUGCCGCAUCGAUCGUUUCAACGCCUUUCUGCUGAGUACGGACCGCUCAUGUUCUUGCAACUGGGCUUGAUACCAACUUUAAUAGUCUCCUCAGCAGACAUGGCAAGAGAGAUCUUCAAAACCCAUGAUCGUGUCUUUUCAGGAAGACCAGUUCUUUACGCUGCAAAGAGACUUAGUUAUAAUCUCUGCGCUGUGUCCUUUGCUCCCUAUGGUAAUUACUGGAGAGAGGUCAGGAAGAUUGUGAUUUUGGAGCUACUUAGUGCUAAGAGGGUCCAAUCUUUUCAGUCUGUGAGGGACGAAGAGGUUGCACAUAUGCUUGAUUCUGUAUCUCUUUCUUCUGGCCCUGUCAAUCUUAGUGAAUUGGCACUUUCGCUUGCAAAUAACGUCGUUUGCCUAGUGGCUUUUGGGAAGAAAUAUGAUGGUGGAGGAAGUGACAGCGAGAGUGGAGUGUAUCAGAAUCUUCGUAAGACACAGGAUUUAUUGGGAGGAUUCUGCAUAGCAGACUUCUUUCCAUGGAUGGGUUGGCUUAACAAGUUUAAUGGUCUGGAAGAAAGGGUGGAAAAGAAUUUUAGACAACUGGAUGAGUUUUAUGAAAAAGUGAUUGAGGAGCACCGAAGCUCGAAACCUGAAAAUGAUGAAGAUCUUGUUGCUGUACUGCUUCGAAUUCAGGAGGACUCAAAUCAGGAACUCCCGCUCCAUAUUGACCAAAUUAAGGCUGUCCUCACUGACAUGUUUAUUGCAGGCACAGAUACAUCUUCAGCCACAAUAGUAUGGAUAAUGUCUGAGCUGAUAAGGAACCCAUCUGUAAUGCAAAGAGCGCAAGUUGAGGUGAGAGAAAUUGUGAAGGGAAAACAAAAGGUGGAAGAAAGCGACCUUCUGAAACUCAUUUACCUAAAGUCAAUUGUAAAGGAGGGAUUUAGACUUCAUCCUCCAGCCCCAUUACUUGUUCCCAGGGAAACCACUGAGAGUUGCACAAUUGAAGGGUACCAUAUUCCAGCAAAAACAAGGGUGUUUUUCAAUGCUAAAUCCAUAGGAGAAGACCCAAAAUAUUGGAAGAAUCCAAAAGAGUUUAGACCCGAGAGAUUCUUGGAUAGUUCAGUGGAUUUUAGAGGACAACACUUCGAGCUGUUACCAUUUGGAGCUGGCCGCAGGGGUUGUCCUGGAAUACAAUUUGCUACCCAGCUGAUUGAACUUGCACUGGCAAAUCUGCUGCAUCGUUUUGAUUGGGAAAUGGCUGAUGGGGUAAGGAGGGAAGAACUGGAUAUGGAAGAAGCAGUUGGGCUGACAAUGCACAAAAAGCUGUUGAAUGACCAACGGCCACUGAGGUAUUGUCAUCGCCGCCACCAAACGGAGACCCCACUUCUAUCUUGCCGUCGUCCACUACAAUAGCCAUCGCCCACUAGAGUUCCCCGUCUUGCACUCAUUUCCGUCGCCCAAUGGUAUGAUUUUGAGCACUUUCAGUUUUGAUUUUUUUGUUCUGUUUGGACGUGAUAAACGUGGUCUCUUAGCCUCUUAUUCACACAGCAGCAAUUAUUCGUGAAAAAUGCCAUAUCAGUUUGCAAAUAGAAUUAUUUGUUAGAAAAUAUGAAAUUAAGCUUACCAAGUGUUUGUGAAAAUGCCCCCAUGAGAAGAUUAGUGAAGGUUUUGUUAUCAAGCACUAGUUUUAGAGCUACCUGUAAACACUACACAUGUUAGUUGGACAUGUGUUUGGAAGCAGAUAAAAGAAGGAAGCAUAUAGUAGAUGACCAUGCUUUAAUGCUUGAGAAAGCCUUUUUUUUUUCUUUUUUUUCUAUUUUUUACCAUACCACUCCAUCUUUCUAAGAUUUAUAGUUCUGUCUCGACAGUGCAAAUAUAUAAAUAAAUUUCUCAUUUGAAAUUUAUAAAGUUCAAUUAAUUCCAAAAGGAUUAAAAAAAAAAGUGUCAUGAAGAUAAAAGAAUGCAACACAAUUUCAGGUUUCUAUAGAAGUAUUAGUUAGAAUCAGUUGGUAUUCAUGGAGUAGAUGAGUUAUAAUCCAUAUACCAAUAUAAUUUACAUAGCCCAGAUUACAAUCACAUUGAAAUGAGAUUUAAAUCCAAUACAAAAAAUCCAAUAUAAGUUCUGUUAAGCAAUAAAAGUUCAAAAUGUACUGGAAGGGAUUGCAAGCUACUGCUGUCGGGAUGAGUGGGUUGCCGCUGAGCACGAGCUACUUUGGGGAGGCAGUUUCCGAUUCUCUUCCGUCGAGUUUGGGUUGGGAUGGAUUUCAAUUUUGGGUUGGGAAGGCCUUCCCGUCGUCAGGUGUGGAUUGGGAUUAAAGACUAAUGCGUCCGUUUGGUUUCUAUUGGGAUAGGAAGAAAGCGAUUUAGGUAGAUUUAGGAAGAAAGUGGGUUUAUUUGGGUGUAGUGGGCUGUAUGUUUGAGAUUCAAAUAAGAUGACAUGUCGCAAUAUGAUUGGUGGGCUGAUUUUAUGGGAUAACCAGAUGGGCUGGUUAUAAGAUUUUCCCUAAUGAGUAUUUGUAAGACACCUGGUAUAUUUACGUUCUAAUUCGGUGGGCCCAUUUGCAGCUGCAAGCUCCUACGCUAAUAUAGACAUUCGGUUCUAAAUUUGUAUCCCCAAUAUAAUAUCCUUUUUGUUUUGUA